AACUACUAUAUCAGUAUUCAUUCUAUUUAUUUACAAGUACAUAAACUGGCAACACUUACUUCAACAACAACAACAACAACAACAACGCUUAUGCAUGAGCUAGCCCUUGCGGAUCUAAUGGGUGUAAAAUUGUCCAUCGUCAAAUCGAUGGAACAAUCGAGUCAAUUGGAACGGAUAGCUUCGGCAUUGAAGAGUAAAGAUUUGAAAGCGUUACAACAACUUGCUCGGAUGCCCGGAGGAUACUUGCUUGACAGUGUACGGAGAAUAGUCUGGUAUAUAUAUAUAUAUAUAUUGUAUACAAACCCUAUUAUAUGAGGGAUUUGAUCCGCCUAUGUACAUGUGUGUAUGUGUGUGUAUAUAUUGGAAACACUAAGACAAAGAACCAUGAUUAACAGGCCUAUUUUGCUACACACUCAUCAUGGCUGUUAUGUGGAUGAGAAAGGAAGUGAGAAAGACUUGGCUGAUCCAAUACAAAUAUCUAAAGACAUCGACCGUUCACUCUAUUACUAUCCGCGAGAUAUAUCACCCGACUUGAAAGCACAAAAGCAAAAGGAACUCCAUAGCUUGAUCGUGGAGAUACUGUGGCGAAACCCUCGAUUAAAAUAUUACCAGGGAUUCCACGAUAUAUGUAGCUGUUUUCUGCUGGUCCUCGGAAAGAAGGAUGCUAUUCCUGCAGCAGAGAACGCUGCCUUGUUCUUUAUCAGAGACGGAAUGCUGGACUCGUUUGAUCCUAUCUCCAAACAGUUGCGGUUGAUGAGUUCGCUUGUUCAGUAUGAGGAUAGCGAGCUCACGGAUCAUCUUGACAGAUGUCAUAUCAUGCCGUAUUAUGCAUUAAGCUGGGUAUUGACUUGGUUCAGUCAUGAUUUCGAACAAUUCGACAAGGUUGCCCGGUUAUUUGACUUAUUCAUCUCAAGUUCUCCUCUGAUGCCUAUCUACUGUGCAAGCUCGAUCACGUUAUUACGACGGAAAGAGUUUCUCCGAGCAGAUCAAGACCACUUGCAUGCGCUGAUUACGCAUAUCCCGCAAGAUAUGGAUCUGGACAAGAUUGUGGAAAAGGCGGUUGAACUAGAACAACGCUAUCCGCCUUUGGAACUACAAAAGCGAAGUGGGUUAUGGCUACAUGAAGAAUCACCGGUCAAUACCUGGCAAAAGGACUGGGAGGUGUUGAGAUGGAAUAGCGUGCCUGACCGGAUUCAGGCAGAUCGCUACUUGAGCCAUCCAAUACCCAAGGAAGAAUGGGAGGAUGAAAUGUUGGCAAAGUGGAUGGCAGAGCGACAGCCGCCCAUGGAUGAUGAUGAUGAUUUCAUAUAAUUCGACUCUCCUUUGUGGUCUCUUGAACUGUUUACUAUUAUUAUUAUUAUUAUUAUCGUUGCUUACAUAUUAUUGCCAUUUGCUCUUCUUUAAUCGUUUAUUAUAUAUAACUCUUUCAUAUACACACUUUUAUCAUUAGCAUUAUCAUCAUCAUCAUUCAGCGACAACAAGAAUCACGCACACCGUAUAUCCAACAAACAUCCAAGGUCUUGUACUUUUUUCCGUCUUUCAGCAUUUAUAACUGUAGUAGAUAAUGUGCUUUCUAAUAAAUAUAUAACAAUGUAUGAUCUUCUACUUGUUUCAAAAACACUUGCUGUGCCUUGAUCUACUUCCAACAUGCAUACAUCUAGAGUAAACAAUGAAAAGUAAUC